UAGACGCUCACCCUCAGGCCUCACCCACCCCCUUUUGCCCAACACGGCAAGACCCCCUAAGUGAAAUUCAUAAUUGAAAAGCAAGGCUUGGAAGUAGAAAAAUUAGGGUUCUAGGUCCUGCCGCGCCGUCCGUCGCUCUCGGCGCCUCCCCACCGUCCAUUGUACUCGACGAUUCCGCGGCCUCCUCCUUCUCCCUGUGUCGAAUCCAGCCACUCUCUUGUAGCUCGGGACGUCGUCUGGUUGAGGGUUGGAGCUACUUGCCGUGUGUUUGUUGCCGUCGUCUCUCCGUCGCCAUCGUCUGUUCGUCGCUCUGAUCUUCGUCGGAGGUAGUGGUGUAGUGGAGAAGAAGGAAUAACAGUGGUCCUCGUCUGGUGGGCGUCCUGCUCGGCGUUGUCUACUCGCUGUCGCGCUCAGCUGCUCAGAUCGAAGAUGGAAUACACUGGUCAUAGCAAGAAAUUCUGCAUAGAGGAUGAGAGCGAAUGUUUUGGCGAAGUAGUCAGUUCAGAUGCUGAUGAAUUUGAUGUUGAGCAAUUGGAUCCAAGUGGGCAGGAUGACCUGUCGAAUUAUGGAGAUGUAUUUGGUCUUACUGCAGCUAAAAUAGAGAACAAGGUUUUCAGAACUGAGGAGCGUGCUUAUGAAUUCUAUAUGAGGUUUGGGAAGUGCCAUGGGUUUGGUGUACGCAAGGGAGACUAUGGGAAGGAUGAUGACAGAAAUGUAAUUAGGAGGAGAUUCUUUUGCAACAGAGCUGGGUUAAGGGAUGAAAAGCACUAUAAUAGAUUAGACAGAAAAAGAUGUCAUAAGCCUGAGACACGAACGAACUGCCAGGCUAAGUUGUCGAUAUAUCUUGACAAAGAAAGUUCGAACUGGAAGGUCUGGAAAGUCAUCCUCGAGCACAACCAUGAGUUAGUAGCUAGGUGUAUGGUACACUUGAUUCCAAAGUUCCGUCGGGUUUCAGGUGCGGCAAAGGAUCAGCUAGAUGGUAUGCAAAGUUAUGGGCUACCUACGUCAAAGAUACUUGGGUACAUGGCAGGGAUUGCCGGGGGGUAUUCACUAUUGGGUUUCACAAAGAAGGAUGCUUAUAACUACCUUGACCGGACUAAGCGCGCACGGAUUGCAGAUGGGGAUGCAAAUUCUGCCAUUGUCUAUUUGGAGGGAAAGGCUUCUGUGGACCCCAUGGCAAUGGUGAGGUAUAACCUGACUAAGGAGGGUAUGUUGGCCAACUUGUUUUGGGCCGAUGGAAUGAGCAGAGUUGAUUACCAACACUUUGGUGAUGUCCUCGCGUUCGAUUUGACGUACAAAAAGAACAAGUACAGGAGACCGCUUGUAAUAUUCUCAGGUGCAAACAACCACAAACAGACGACUAUCUUUGGGUUCGGGUUAGUGUUGGACGAGACGAUUGCUUCGUACAAGUGGAUGCUAGAAAAUCUCCUUGAGGUGAUGUGUAAUAAAUUUCCAUCUGUUGUAGUCAUAGACGGCGAUGAUGCCAUUAUUGCCGCAGUUACGGAAGUUUUUCCUAGUGCAACCCAUCGCCUGUGUGCUUAGCAUCUACAAAAGAAUGUUACAUCUAAUGGGAAUGAGCAGAUGUUCAGGGACUUGUUUUCAAGGUGGUUGUAUGCGGAUAUGUCGAUAGAUGACUUUGAAGCGGAAUGGGAUGAAGCAGCGGAUGAAUACGAGUUACAUGAUAAGUUGUGGGCAAUGCAGAUGUACGAAAAGAGAAAGAUGUGGACGAAUGCAUACCUUGGCAACAAGUUCUGUGCUGGGUUUCGUACCACAUCGCGAUGCGAGGGUAUAAAUUCCCAUGUGAAGAAAUUCCUUAGCUCGAAGCACACUAUACUGGAGCUUGUGCAAAACCUUGAGCUAGUCCUUCGUGAAUAUCAAAAUAAUGAGAUGGUUGCACAGUUCAACUCCAUCUAUAACGUCCCUGUUAUGACGACGUGCCUUGAUCCAAUCGAAAAAUGUGCUGCCAUGGUAUAUACGC